AUGUCUAAUUCUGAUACAAAUUUCUCUCGAUUUAUGCAUCUUUCUUCACUAUCAAUUUCUAGCACCAGUCAGAGUGAAAAUGAGAGUGAAGACGAAAGUGGGGAUGAAGACGGGAGCAUAAAGCUCUGCGAUAGCGUUUACUUUGAUUGCCCACAGCAAAUUAAAGACUUACAUGAUGCUAUUAUACAAUUUAAAGAAAAAAAACGGGCUGGGGAGAAUUUUGAAAAUGAAAUUAAUUUAUCUGAUGAAGAAAUUUCUAUCAAGAUUAAAGAUGAUUCUUCUAUCAGAUUAGCAAGCAGAUCUUCGUUCUCAAAUGAAGGAACUGCUUAUCAAAGAAGAAGAAGAAGAAGCGCAAUGCUCCUAGGAGUUUCAGGAGCAGUCUAA